GAGGCAGCAGCGGGCCCGGCUCCAGCGGCGCAAGCGUGGCCAGGUGCCGGAGCGCCGCUUUGUGCGGCAGGAAGGGAAAGGGCCGGCCUUUGGCGAGGGGAUUCGGCCUGGAGUCAUGGCGGAGGACGAUGUGCCGGCCUUAGUCCGCCGCUUCUACAGUCUGCAGAGUGAACGUGUGGAAGCCUAUCGCCUCUUUGAGGAAGGCCACCGGGCCUACCUGAGAAGCGGUCCCUCGUACGACUUCGUCCGCUACCGUCAGCUGGUGCACGAGAUCACACAGGCCUUCAACGGGAUCUCGCAGGAAAUCCUGCAGAUCAAAGGACAGCUGGAGGGUCCCCGCGGGCGGGCGGACCUCGCCCAACACUUGAGCCGUCUCCAAGAUAAGGAGAAAGAGAAACUCAAGCUGACAGCUGAGCUGCAGCUUGCCAAACAAAACGCGCAAGACCAUCCCGGCGUGGGCGCGCACGAGCAAGAGGUGCGGGAGCUGAAGCAGAAGCUAAUUCAAACCAUCGAGGCAAUCAGCGAAAUUCUCCAGGACUUCAAGUACGAUUCGGAAGAGAGCGGUUGACGGGGCGUCCCGAGGGACUGGCUGCGGCGAAGCGGGGGGGGGGGGGUACGUUUGCGCGUGCGGAGGGGGGGGUGAGACUCUGCCAAGGCCCGAGUGCCCCGUGCCCUGGCCCUACCCUUUUGUACCAGCCUUUGAUCGAGCUGAUUCGCACACAGGGCUGAUGCCCCGGCAAGGGUGGCUGAAACCCAGCUGGCCACGGCGACAGCCUUUCGAAAGCACCCACGCCAACCACGUCCGGAGUAGACUCACUUUCUCACUGUCUGCACUGGGUCCAAACCGGGGAGAGGGAGGGGGAUAUGGAGUUCUGCUUUAUCUUUCCAGGUGAUGGGGAGUUUUUUUGGCCAUUCCU